UCACGCCCCGCUCCCUCUCUGUCUCGCCUGCACCAGCACCCCGUGCUAACUUUGGAGAGUGUCACACCAUUUUGCAAGCCUAAAAAAGGGGGGGGAAAUUAGGAAAAAAAAUCAAAUAAGAAAUGGCAAUAGUCAUGCCGACGCCAGCCGUGGCCAGAGGCGCUCACUGCCUGCCCAGGCUUCUCUGAAAGAAAACAAAAGAUCGAGCUGGAGAGAGAGGAAACACACACCCCAAAUCCCCUGUCACCAUCGCCUCGUCCCCCUCGGAGUCCUCUUGGAUUAUGAGCCUCCCUUUUCUCCCUGGAAGGUCGUGAGCGGCAGAUCUGGCGGAUGGGAGCCCUUCCCGGACACCCAGAUGAGCCGGCUGUCUGAUGAUGGGGAACCUGAGGCACAGAGAGUCUAACGAUCUUGUUCAGAGCUUGGAAGGAGAAAUCAGAAGCCCCGCAGCCUCUAAACAUCACUACAUUGCUUAGCCUGAAAAAAGUGAGCAAGCAUGGUGUUGUUUCACGUCCCAUGAAAGUGCUGCUGUCUUAGUUUGGAGACGGAAGGACGAGGACUGUGACCGAUAGCAGUCGAGAUGAGAGCAAAAGCUACAGGACGAUUCUUCAUCUGCUGAUAAAAAUGAUCAACAAGUCUCGAUGGAAGAUACUUGGAGUAUUGGCUAUAUUUUUGGUGAUGGUGUGGUAUACAAUAUCCCGGGAAGAAAGGUACAUACAGCUUUUUUAUUUCCCUAUGCAAGAUGACAAGAUGACUUGCCCGCUGGGGGAAGUGGAAAGGAAAGCUGCACAGCUUAUAGCCAAUUACACACGGGAACGUCCACUCUUUUUACAGCUAAAGGAUUACUUCUGGGUAAAGACCCCUUCGCCGUAUGAACUGCCAUAUGGUACUAAAGGAACCGAGGACAUUCUCCUGAGGGUUCUGGCGGUCACAAGUUACUCUCUGCCUGAAAGUAUACAAAGCUUGAAGUGCCGGAGAUGUGCAGUUGUGGGAAACGGCCAUCGGCUGAGAAACAGCUCUAUGGGGGAAACUAUUAACAAAUACGAUGUUGUGAUCAGACUGAACAAUGCACCAGUUCACGGUUACGAACGUGACGUGGGCUCCAAGACCACCAUGCGCCUCUUCUACCCAGAGUCGGCGCACUUCAACCCCCAAAGAGAAAACAACCCCAGCACAUUGCUGGUGUUGGUGCCGUUCAAAGCCAUGGAUUUCCAGUGGAUGGAGACGAUCCUUAAUGACAAGAAGAGAGUCCGGAAGGGCUUCUGGAAACAGCCUCCAUUAAUUUGGGAUGCGAAUCCUGACCACGUUCGAAUUCUGAACCCAUACUUUAUGGAAAUCACUGCCGCUAAAUUGCUCAACCUUCCAAUGAAGCAGCUGCGGAGAAUUAAGCAGAAACCAACCACGGGAUUAGUGGCCAUCACUUUGGCAUUGCACUUCUGCGAUUUGGUACAUAUCGCCGGCUUUGGAUACCCAGAUUCUGCCAACAAGAAGCAAACCAUCCACUAUUACGAGCAAAUCACGUUGAAGUCCAUGGCUGCUUCAGAGCACAACGUCUCGCACGAGGCGUUGGCAAUAAAAAAGAUGCUUGAACUGGGACUUGUCAAGAACCUCACUUACUUCUGAUGGAGCCUGGGCUGCUGUUUCUCCUGAACUGUUGGCUUGGUCGAGUGGGACCUGUGGUGGCUGAGAUCCUCCCUCGCACAGCUCUCUCUUCCCCCAGACAUUGACUCAUAUGGACAUCCCACAGCUUUGUGCGGACUGCGUGGGGGGCACGGGGGGACUGAGUGGCUCUUAGAUGGGCUGGCAGCAAGGGAGAGAGAUGGUCUUGGAAGACGUGGACGGUGAUAGCGGUGGUGACGAGAGCUGGCCUUGGUGGAUUCUGCCUGUGACGAAUUCCUCCUCGUUUGGAACUUCGCAGUAACACCUCUGCAUCAAGUCAAGACUUUUGGGAAAGGGAGCUCCUGAAAUCUUCAUUCCUCUGAUGGGGAUGCGUGCUGUUGGGAGCCAAAGCCUGCUGACUGUAGGCCUCUGGAGUGAUACAACAGACACUCCGGUGGGUGCGAAUGGUCCCCCAUGGCACACUGCCACCUUGAAUCACUUUUGCCUUCCUGCUCCGAGAGAUGCCCCAGCGGCUGCUUACUGUGCUGUUUAAAGUUGCAACCAUGUCAGAUGCCUCCUCGAGGAGCAGGAGGCAAGCAAAUGAAGGAUCCUCAGCUGCCUGCCAUUUCUUUCCCCUCUGGUCAGGUCAGGCUGCGAUUACAGGCCAAGUGAGGUGUGGCGUUAGUCACGUCAUUAGCCCUGGCGUGCUUGCUUGCUUUCGUGUAAAUAGCGCACUGGGGCAGGGGGGAUCUGGAUCUGGGCUGCAGCAGAGGGAAGGGCUAGAGUCCUCUUGCCUUCCCUCCUAACUGUGCUGUGCACACCAGAGAAAGCAAGUAUGCCAAAGCAAAUGGAGUGGCUAACCUCACUUCUAGUUUGAGCUUAGGAGUAUUGGUUCAAACCCCCCUGCAGUAAAAGAGUUUAAGAAGACCAAAAGAAAGCUUUUUAGGAUGGGAGUUGAUGAUGAUAUUCCUAUCUAUCUUCUCUCCCCUGGCCCCAGUUAUUAUUUUUGGGGGAGGUUGUGGCAAAGAGGGAGAAUCAACCUUGCAGUAUUUUGAUAAUGUUUUUUUAUAUUAAAAACAGUGAAGCUGAAAUUGAACAUACAGUUUCUGGGCACUUGGCUGGAAGUGAAUCUCCUUCCGUGAAGGCUCUGCGUGUGUGCGUGCAUGAUUGCGAGUGUGUGGAUGGAUGUGUCCAGUCCAGUAUCCCAAGUCUGUCCUUAGGGAGAGCCUCUGAAAUAUAAGCGUGGGCUUCUUCCCUCCAGUAUGGGACAGCUUCUUCCCCGCAAGAAUGGGAGAGCAAUUAAAGAAAAUGAACUGUGUUAGCCAAAGUUGAGAUUGAAGGAAUGGGAUAGAGGGGAUAAUAGAAGUGUGUUUCUUUACCAAGAGAAGAAACAAACAUUCUGUUAUUCCCGGCUCACAGAAGCUGAAGCUAUAUGGCACCUUUGACUGCCUUUUCCACUAGGAAGAGGGGUGUGUUCGUCAGGACAAGGGCUCUUCUCUGGGACCUCAAGGGGGUGGGGGCAAGUUCUGAAGGAAGGACAACAUCAUCUUCCAGUAGGCGGGGAAAGAGGUCUAGACAUUUCAGGAAUGGGCCCCAGCCUGGAAGUGCCUGUCUGGUGUGGGGUCUAAGAUCAGUGCUUGGAAAACGCUCUACUCAAAUAAUGAUUUUUAAUUUUUUGUUUUGUGCAGGAAUAAAUAUUUUUAAUUUUG